ACAAUAACAAGAGCUUUUAAGAAGUCAGUGUUAGUGGACUUGGAAAACUUGCGUGUCAAUUCUUACUGCAAUGUUGCUGAAGUUCUUAAAAGAAUAAGGACAUGUCUUAGCACUGAGGAACUGACUGAUUUCAGUAACACCAUAUUUGGUUGGAUGUUAAAAAUUGAAGAUAUGUCUUGGAAUAGUGGACAACUACUGUUAGGAUUUGUUGGAAACUAUGUCACUGAAGUUAAUGGAAAUGCAGAUGACAGUGUCAUCAGAUUUCAUAUUCAAAACAGUGUAAUUAGUUUUCAAAAGGCUGAUAUGGCAACAAUGUGUGGUUUAAAAUUUGGGAGUCUGAAGCCAAAUAUGUCAGAGGAGCCUGAGGGAGAUAUAUGGAGAAUAUAUUUUGGGAACAAGGCUACAGUGUCCCGUGCAGAUAUCCAAAAUGCAUUGAAGAGUUAUGAGAGCACUGAUGAAGGAAGAAUGACAAAGGAUGGAGUGAAGCUGGCUCUACUACACAUAUUGUCCUAUUGUUUGUUUGGGAAUCAAACUGCCAGGCCUAUGAAAGCAUACUACAUAAACCUGGUAAACGAUUUGGAUGCAUUCAAUGCUUACCCAUGGGGUGAUGAUGUUUGGAACGAGUUGGUUGACAAAAUAAAACAAAGUUGUGAGGCAUUAGAUAAAGGCAAAGGGGACAAAGUUACAUUCCCUGGGUACAUGGUGGCUUUACAAUGGUGGGCAUUUGAGACAUUCCCAGGACUUGCAAAAGCUGGUUUGUGCAAGCUAAUAAAGGGCAGAGAAAACAUCUUACCAAGGACACUGAAGUGGGAAUUCAAGAAAAAACCUACACUGGAGGUGCUUUCCCAAAUAAUAUUCAAGAAUGACAAGUUUGAGUGGACACAGAUCGUACCAACAGAAGAAGAGAUUGCCAUGAUUGAAGGAAACAAUGACAGAGGUGGUCAUGGAAUGGACAUUGUUAUUCCAAAUGUGGGGAGGCUAGAUGCUGAAAAGAUGAAAGCUAUAGCAGAAAAAGGCAAAAAAAGGCAAUACAGACCAGAAGCAUGAAAAGGAAAACAAGAAAAGUAGUGAAGGGAAAAGGUAAAUCUGGCGAGGGAACUUCUAAAAGAAGAAAGAAGUUUAGGAUGGAAUUCGAAAGUGAUGAGGAAACAAAGAGUGAUGAAGGCAAUGAGAGUGAGGAUGAAGAAGAUGAUUCAAGUGAUAGUGGAAGAAAAGUAGAGAAAUAUAUUAUGUUCAUGAGCAAACAUAGUAACAGUAUGCAAAAAAGCAUGAGGAAACAAGCUAAGGAGACUGCCAGACUAGUGGCAGAAAUGAAAAACAUUAAGCAAACUCAGAAAAAGCAGGAAGAUCUUUUAAAAGAAGUUCUACUUAUUGUCAAACAGAUGUCACAAGGCAGUGAUAAAGGUGAAGAUGAGGACACACGAGAAAGAACAGAGAAAGUUGAAAAGAAUGAAAGUCCAGAAAAAAAGAAAAUGUUAAUGAAAAAGAAGAUGAUGACAUGACUGGGCAAGAUUCCUAGAAUGAUGAGGAACCUAGGCUAAAGGAUGAUGAUACUGCUGACAUUCAUGUGCAAGAGGAGACUGAGUACAUUGCUGCACAGAAUGAGGAUGAUAUUUUACAGAUUGGGGAUGGUGGUGCAAAAAAUAUGACAUGUUUACGAAUCAUGAAUGGAUCACUGACAAGCAUGUUGAGGUAGUAAUUUACUAUUUGGGCAUGAAACGGGUGCAUUACAAACUGCCACAAAACUACACAACACCUGGGCCUUUUUUCUUGCAAAUACUGAAGCGGGGGCUUGACACUAUAUCAAAGGGGCACUAUACAUACCACAAGUCAGCACAAGAAGAAAACAUUGUUCGUGACAUAAUAGGUGCGAACAACUAUAGCCUACACUGGAGCAAAGCAGACUUCGUGUACUUCCCUCCGAAUACUGGCAACCAUUGGGUUUUGGUAGUACUAGAUAUCAAGCAAAGAAAGGUAAGAGUGUACAACUCCAAUGCUAGAAGAGGUGAUUCACUAAGGGAUAUCAGGUCCUAUGUUGCAUGCAUAACAGUCCUCCUGCCCAGAAUAAUGGACUAUCACAAAGUGUACGAACAGAUGGGUGAGGAUCCUAUGGGUGAAAGGUUUUUGGAAGUUGAGCCUGUAGAAGGAUGUCCACAGCAAGAUGAUGGGGGAAACUGUGGAAUGUUCAUGCUCAAGAUGGCUGAAUUUCUAAUGGUGAGGAUGGACAUGGAUGGCAUAUAUCCUGAAGCAAUACCCUUGUUUAGGGAAAAAAUGGCAACUGAACUGGUCCUAUAUAGCAAGAGGAGGCAGGGUGAGAGAGAAUGAAAUGAAGCUAUGAAGAAAUGGGAUUGUAGGAUGAAACAAUUAUGUUUGUUUUGGAAGACUGUUAUAUUUACUAGUACAUUUAAUAUAAUGUCAGGACAUCUAGACAUCUAGUACAUUCGUUUUGAAAAACUUGGUUAACGCAACUUUCAUUGUGUUUUGAAUGUAUG